AUGUCCGCACCGAUUCCAGCUGGAGACGGCCAACUGCCGCCGUCUGUGCCGCUUGUGCGCCGCAGAAAAAGACUGAAAAUCGACGUCGCUUGCGACCGCUGCCGCAGCCGCAAGGUCAAGUGUGACGGCGCCCGACCAGCGUGCGGUAAUUGUUCGCGCAAAUUGGACCACCGCGACCAGUGUCACUAUGGUGCCAGCUCAAAUCUCUCUCCGCCCAACAGCACAAAUGCAGCGUCGCUGGCAAACCAGAGCAAGGCACGUAGUGACGAUACUAGGUCAGCAAUGACCGGCCCUACUACAUCCAAGGCUGGCACGUGGCAACCCCAGCGCAGCAGCCUUUACCCUGCUCAUAGAUCCAUUGCCGCGAAGCCGGCUUCCACCAGCUCUGGCUUCUCUCAGGCGCAAUCAUCGCCAAAGGCAAGAGAGCGCGGGAAUUCGCAGACCGUUGACUCAAUGACGGCAGUUGGUGAUGAGACCACGACGGAAUUUUUCGGCAGUAGUAGCGCCGGCUCAUUUACUGCGCAAAUCAAAGCCGCCAUCGACGCUCGCCUGGGCCACUCGCCAAAUAGCUAUCCUGCUGGGAGCCUAGGGCCGAGAAACUUACAGGCGCCUCAAUUGCUAUCCAAGCGUCGCUAUGACCCGAAAAAUGUGCUACUACCUACGCGAAGGCUUGCCGACGAGCUGAUGCGCACGUACUGGCUGUACAUUGACCCGCUGUACCCUUUUCUGAACAAAAAAGACUGGCAAGACCGCUAUACUCGCUUAUUUGCUGGCCAGCCCCUCAAUACCGACGAAUCUGUAUUCAUGGCCUCAUUGAACAUUGUCUUUGCGCUGUCGACUCAAUUGCACGAAGGCCAAGACGCCACAGUCCGGAACGACACAAGCCAAGACUACUUUCAGCGUGCUCAAGAUCUUGUUGAUGUUACCAUAUGGGACCCCGGCAGUCUCGAAGUAGUCCAAUACUUGCUCAUCACCAGUCAAUACUUGCAAUCUACAAACUCGCCGCAUCAAACAUGGAUGGUGGUAGGGCUCGCAGUCAGGUCAGCGCAAAGCCUAGGAUUGCACUUGCCUGAGACGUCGGCGGCAAAGCCAUCUACGGUUGAAAAGGAGCUCUAUCGAAAGUUGUGGCACGGGUGUGUUUUGAUGGAUAGAAUGGUCGCGCUCACACAUGGUCGUCCAGCAAUGAUAUUGGCUGAGCUUGCCAGCUCUGUUCCGCUACCAGCUAUCGCGGAAGAGGAUAAACCGCUACCUGAAGACUCUACAGACGUCGCAUUCUUCGUCAAGUCUGCCGAGCUUUAUGAAAUUACUCACAAACUGGUCGAAAUGUUAUAUUCCACCCCCACAGGCCGCACAAAACGCAUGAAGCCGAGCCAGAGAGCCGUAAGCGACUUGGCAAACAUUGUCCAGAUUGACGGCGACAUGGCGGAAUGGGAACAUGGUCUUCCCAAGCAGUUGCAGCAGCACUCUCUGGGAACCAUAGCGGCGCGGCCUAGCAUCAUUCUCCGUCUACGCUUCCUGCACGCGAGGAUUCUGCUUUUGCGCCCUAUUCUCAGCCUGGUGUGCUUGCCACACGCGACUACAGAAUCGGACACGGAACGACUCGCCACCCGACUGCACAGGCAAUGCGCACUAGAAUGUGUUGCCACGGCCAGGGCCACAAUCAAGACAUUCUUUGACCACCAAGUCUCCGACGGCACGGUUGGGCUGUUGCCCGCGUGGUGGUACCGUUUGUACUAUCUCUUCUCGGCCUCGACGGUACUAAUCGCCGCCAAAUUGCGACCCGACGUGUUCCCCGCCGAAGACAUCAAUCAGUCUUGGGAACAAGCAAUUCACGUUUUUGAGACCCUGCAGCACGUCAGCCAGUCGGCGCAGAAAUGCGUCACAGCGCUUCGAAUCCUGUCGACCAAGAUCCUCUCGGCCAUUUUCGGUACACCGCAGCCAAGUUUGGGAGCGCCGGAACAGCAGGCCAUGGCCCAUGCGAAAAUAAACUACGACUUCCCCUCAAACAACAGCAAUCAGAGGAUGGUGGAUGGGUUCGAUAUGAAUCUCAAUUUCGACGACAUAAAUUUUGAUGUCGAGGUCGAAAACUACGCGUGGCUGAAUGAAGUCACCUCUUGGAACUUUCUUAGCGGAUGA